ACCAGGGGAUCGACUCUCCUCUCCCCGAUUGGACCCACUGUCCUCUCCUGAAUUUGGUCCACUGUUCCCUACACCAGCGGAUCGACUCACCUCUGCACGACUGGGGCCACUGUCCUCUCCUGUAUUUGGUCAACUGUUCCCUACACCAGGGGAUCGACUCUCCUCUCCCCAAAGGAAGCCACUGUCCCCUACACCAGUGGAGCCACUGUCCUCUCCUGAAUUUGGUCCACUGUUCCCUACACCAGGGGAUCGACUCUCCUCUCCCCGAUUGGACCCACUGUCCUCUCCUGAAUUUGGUCCACUAUUCCCUACACCAGGGGAUCGACUCUCCACUCCCCAAUGGAUGCCACUGUCCCCUACACCAGUGGAGCCACUGUCCACUCCUGAAUUUGAUCCACUGCUCCCUACACCAGGGGUUCAACCGCCCACUUCCCAAUGGGAGCAACUGUCCCCUACACCAACCAGUAUGCAGGUGACUGCGAUGCCCUCAUCUCUUGCGUUGCAUUCAAACUUCAAAAAAGGCUGCAGCUUUCCUAGUGGUCAGAGAUUGCCGUGUGGUCGUCCUGGGACUACAGCUGCCGAGUGUCUGAGGAGAGGAUGCUGCAGAGACGAGGCGACUUUCGCCUGUUACUACCCCAUGGAUGUAUGUUUGGCCGACAGGCAGUUCAUCUUUGUCGUUCCCUCCAACGUUGCUGGUUUGCCCAUAAACCCUGCACGUCUGAUGGUGGUGGGGAGGAGUAGCUGUAAACCAGUCAUUGCCAACAGAGACUUUGCCGUUUUCAAGUUUGGGGUGACGGAGUGUGGAACACAUUCUUACCAAAUUGGAGAAACAACCGUUUACUUGGCUGAAGUGCAGUCACCAAUCAGGAAGCGCGUCCUGCAGUACGGCAUCAUUACCAGGGAUAUUCCUGUCAGGCUUAUGGUUGAGUGUCGCUACUCAAAGGGCAGUUUGGACCUUGCGGACUCUCCGGUCCUUGCAGACCCUCUGGCGCCGCAGGCUUCUCAAAGCCGUUUGAUGAAGGGCUGGGCUAGUGCUGGAUACAUGGUGAAGAGUGCCAGCCUGCCAGCCUUGGUGAGGGCCAAGGGACUGUAUGGAGUCCAGCUUCGGAUUGCGCAGGAUGAGACCUUCACCAAAUUCUGCUCUGAGGAUCACCAGCCCCUGAAAGUUCUCCUGGGUAAACCUGUGUACCUGGAACUGCGAAUAAACGCUCCCAACCCUAAAGCCACUCUGGUGGUGCACUACUGCGUGGCCUACCCUCGCUCUGCUAAGAGUGCCUUGGUGCUGCUGUAUGAGGGUUGCCCCAACCCUCUCGAUUCCGACAACAUCUCGAUCCUCUACGUGGCCGGCCAAUCGCAGGAUCCCCACGUGCGGCGUUUUGAAGUGAAGGCCUUCCAGUUUAUGGACAAGUCCACCAAUAAAUACCUCAAUGAGGAGAUCUACUUCAUGUGCUCUACCGAGGUCUGUAUGCCGUCCCAGACUCCGUGUAAGGAGACCUGCUUUGAUGGCAAGGUGUGUUUUUAA